UUUUUUUAUUUACAAAGUACAUUCGCCAAGGCAUAAAAUCGAUUCGCCAAACGGUUCAAUAAAAUUCAUUACGUUGACACAUCAGUGCAUGCUCGUUUAAUAAAGGCGAGACCUUAGCCACUGCUGGUGCUUGGUCAAUGAUUUCUUUAAUCGAACCUAAACGUUAAAGUGAAAUAUCAAAUAAAAAGUGACAAUGCAGUACGACACUGAGAAUAGGUCGUCACUUCUUCGUGCGCGAGAGUCUUUAUCGCGGCCCAAAAUGACGAGUGGCGGGACUACGGGGCCGCUCCUGUACGCCGUGUUUGCGGCCGUACUGGGAAUGCUGCAGUUUGGCUUCAACACCGGAGUCAUCAAUGCCCCCAGAACGUUUAUAGAGAACUUUAUCAAUGAAAACUACAACGUCAAUAGCGGGGUCGUCUUCAGUGUUAUCGUCAGCAUCUUCGCUGUUGGUGGCAUGAUUGGAUGCCCGCUAGCCAGCUGGAUCGCCGACAAGCGUGGUCGUAAAUUCGCCCUGAUAAUAAAUGCGGCGUUCGGCAUCGUAGGUGCCGUCCUGAUGGGCUUCAGCAAAACUUCAACGUCACUGGCCAUGCUUAUUAUUGGCAGAUUUUUCAUCGGCAUCAACUGUGGAUUCGCUACAACCGCAUCACCAACUUAUGUCUCCGAAAUAGCUCCAGUGCGACUGCGUGGUGCAUUCGGGACCGUUAAUCAAUUAGCCGUAGCUUUCGGUAUGGUUGGAGGACAAAUUCUCGGCAUUGACGUGAUUCUGGGCAGCGAUGAAGGAUGGCCAUGGCUCCUCGGAUUAGCUAUCAUACCGUCAGCUGUCCAACUGAUAAUGUUGCCUUUCGCUCCAGAAACCCCACGAUAUCUGUUACUUUCACAACGCGAUGAAGAACAAUCUAGAAAAAUUCUAUCCAGCAUCAGAGGCACUGAUGAAAUUGACGAUGAAAUCCGAGACAUGCAGAUCGAGGAUCAAGCUAUGAAAAAUGAGCAGAAAUUUACAAUCGGCGAUUUAAUUCGUAUUGAUUCGUUAAGAACACCCUUAAUUAUUGGUAUUGUGAUGCAUUUAUCUCAACAACUGGGUGGAAUAAACGCUGUAUUAUAUUUUUCGUCAUCGAUUUUCGUAAAGACUGGUCUUUCGGAAGGAGAUGCUCGUCUAGCUUCAAUUGGAGUCGGCAGCAUGUUGUUUAUAAUGGCCUUGGUUUCGAUUCCUUUGAUGGACCGUCUCGGCAGAAGAACAUUGCAACUGGUUGGUCUCGGUGGAAUGACAGUGUUCUCAGUGCUCAUGACUAUUGCAUUUUUCACGUACGAAAACAAUCAAACGAUGAGCGUAUUCGCUGUUAUAUUUACCUUACUAUAUGUCGGUUUCUUCGGUGUUGGUCCUAGCUCCAUACCUUGGAUGAUUUUGUCGGAAUUGUUCGGUCAAGGUGCAAGGAGCGCGGCUGUGAGCGUGGGGGCUCUAGUCAAUUGGUUGGCCAACUUCGUCGUUGGUUUAACAUUCAUUCCUAUGUCUGAUCUAUUAGGUAACUACGUAUUUUUACCGUAUACGGUGUUGUUGAUUUUAUUCUAUGUAUUCACUUAUUUCAAACUACCCGAAACGAAGAACAGGACGAUAGAGGAGGUAACAGCUCUUUUCAAGAAAUAGUCCCGAUUGUGAAGGCGUUAUGUCGACAUCACAUUCCUUAUAAUAUUAUGAUUGCAAUAAGUCUACAUUACCGAUUGUGAUAGUUACUGUAUUAAACUAUUUUAUAGAUACUGAAGGCAGUUUUCAAGACCCAGUGUUUAUUCUUUGAAGUCGUUUACGAUUUCUGUGGUUCCAAUGUAAGUUUUGGCGCUAUUAUAAGUAAUUAAUAA